GAAACACUCUGCAUGAGCAUCAGGAGUCUUCAUGGCAGGAGCAGUGCUGCCCCGAUGGGAGCUGUCUCUUUACCUGCUUGCUUCACUGGGCUUCCACUUCUAUUCUUUCUAUGAAGUUUACAAAGUUUCCAGAGAACAUGAAGAGGAACUGGAUCGAGAAUUUGAGCUGGAGACUGAUGCUUUAUUUGGAGGAUUAAAGAAGGACCCGACCGACUUUGAAUGGAGCUUCUGGAUGGAAUGGGGGAAGCAGUGGCUGGUGUGGCUUCUUCUUGGCCACAUGGCAGUGUCUCAGGUGGCCGUCCUGCUUGCAAGGAAGCACAGACCCUGGAUUCUCAUGGUCUAUGGAAUGUGGGCCUGCUGGUGUGUGCUGGGGACCCCUGGUGUGGCCAUGGUCCUGCUCCACGCCUUCAUCUCCUUCUGUGUGGCCCAGUUCCGGUCGCUGAUCCUGUCGUGGCUCUGUUCUCUCCUCUUGCUUUCCACACUGAGACUGCAAGAGGUGGAGCAAGUUAAGAGGCGGUGGUACGAGACAGAGGAUGAGUACUACUUGCUGCAGUUCACGCUGACCGUCCGCUGCCUGUACUACACCAGCUUCAGCCUCGAGUUCUGCUGGCGGCAGCUGCCAGCUGACCGAGCCUCCUGCUCCUUGCCCUGGUUGCUGGCCUAUGUCUUUUACUACCCAGCCUUCCACAAUGGGCCCAUCCUCAGCUUCCCGGAGUUCGUGAGACAGAUGCAGCAGCAGGAGCUUGGCUCCCUGAAGGCCAGGCUCCACGUCCUUGGUCUGGGGCUGGGCCGCCUCCUCUGCUGGUGGUGGCUGGCCGAGCUGAUGGCUCAUCUUAUGUACAUGCAUGCCAUCUACAGCAGCAUCCCCCUCCUUGGGGCUGUCUCUUCUUGGACCUUAGGCGGACUGGCGCUGGCCCAGGUGCUCUUUUUCUAUGUCAAGUACCUGGUGCUCUUUGGCAUCCCAGCUCUGCUCAUGCGCCUGGACGGACUCGAGCCACCGCCCCUCCCUCGCUGCGUGAGCACCAUGUUCAGUUUCACUGGGAUGUGGAGGUAUUUUGAUGUUGGACUGCAUAAUUUCUUAAUCAGGUAUGUGUACAUUCCACUGGGCGGGUCCCAGCAUGGCCUGCUGGGGACACUGUUUUCCACCGCGAUGACGUUUGCCUUUGUGAGCUACUGGCAUGGAGGAUACGACUAUCUCUGGUGCUGGGCAGCGCUCAACUGGCUGGGAGUGACCAUAGAGAAUGGAGCUCGGAGGCUUGUGGAGACCCCCUGCAUCCAGGACACGUUGGCCCGGUACCUCGCCCCAAGAGUUCGCCGCCGAUUCCAUGCUGCCCUGGCAUCCUGCUCUACCUCCAUGCUGAUCCUCUCCAACCUGGUGUUUCUCGGAGGCAAUCAAGUUGGAAAAACCUACUGGAAUAGGAUCUUCAUAGAGGGCUGGCCGUGGGUGACCCUCUCUGUCCUGGGAUUCCUGUACUGCUACUCCCACGUGGGCAUUGCCUGGGCCCAGACUUAUACCACUGACUAAUGCCAUAGGGCCCAGGCCAGCCCUUGUAGCUAGCCUCCAAGGCAAAUGGUGCUUCACCUUGACCUCCCACUCCGAGAUAAUCGCCGAGGGACCAGUGCUUGAUCUGCAAAUCUUCUGUUGAAGUUACCUGACUCCAGUGCUGGAAGUUUGAGCUCUCAUAGAAAAUUUAUAACCAGAUAAUCUUCUGACUUUGGAGCCCAUUUUCCUGUUGAGUAAAUUGGGGUCUAAGGUAGUAGACUGCAUUGCCCAGCUAAACAUGGUGACAUUUUGGUUUAGAACUUAGUCCCUUGGGACCCUUGGGUUUUUUCCUCCUUUUCCAGGAAUGAAAUAUAAUCAACAUCCCUUGAUGGAGGCACAGAAAUCCUGAUUAGUGACAGGCCUGUCCACUACUGGGAAGUAUUUCUAAAACAUUUUGGCGAUAUUUAAGAGAACCCUUUCUUCCUGUCCUGCAGCGUGGUCUUCUGGAAUCAGUAUAAGGCUCUUACCUUUGUAUUUAAGCUCCUCUGCAGGAUGGAGACAACCCUCUGUUGUGCUUCUAAUUGCCUAGUAAGAGAAGUCAGAAGCAGUCCGGUGGCAUUCAGAGGAGUUUAUUCCCAGGGAGUCCUGUGAUUUGAACUUCAUCAAAGUGAUCUACAUGUGGUUGCUUAGUCCUGAGAUCUGCUGAGAAGAUGGUAGUUCCUCUACCCGAAAGUUAAUUGUUUCACAAUAAAGAAGUAAAAAUUUAAAAACCGCAUAAUAGUGUAUGCACAGAGAGGUGCUAUUAGGUGAGUCACAAAGGUAAGGAUGACUUUCUGGGGUCUUAUCUACCCUUUCCACAUAAGUCCCAAAGUCGUCACCCUACUCAGUGAUUUAUGCUCAGUGGUUUAUAUUGUAUUGUUUGGAUUUAGAUGCAGCCUUUCCUGUACAUGGAUAAUUUACAUUUUUGUAGAAUUAUUUUGAAUAUUUUUUAAGGAAAUGUUUAAAAUCGACCUAUUUGAUUUGCUUAUUCCCUCUUCUAAAGAGAUGCUGUAUAGCCUACCAAUGAUCACAAGAGGUAGAUAAUUCAUAAUAUUUCUGUUGGGGUUUGGAUUUUUGGUGGGGAGGAGAGAGUAAAGAAGUUUUAAAAUUUGAAUCCAUAGUAUAUCCAGUUACAGGAGAAUUUAUAACAUCUCAAGCACAUGAAUUAAAUUCUUGUAAGAUUCUGAAACUCUUGUGAGUGAAAAGUUCACUUGGACCUAGAGCUAUCUCAUAUUUGUUAUAUGGUAUGGCCCUCGUGCUUUGGCUGUGGUUAUCAACUCAGCGAGAUUUAAACUCCAAGAGUGCUGGACCAUUUUGUUGACUUUCUUUUCCUUUCUAGCCACUCUAUUUGGAAGACAGAUGGAGGGGGCCAGAUGUUAUUGACCUAGGAUGGGUAUGGUACAUGUUAGCUGAAAAGGGCAGAGAAGGCAGGUAGGCCUUGGCAGCAGCAACCUCAGAGCUGGCUUGAUAAAGGAGAGAGAAAGUUGGUGCAGGCAAUGCCAGGGUGCUGAAGAAUUUUAAAGAAGGAAUGAGACUGGGGGAGGAGUCAGUGCCUACAUGAAUAUAGUAAAACUCCAUGAACUAACACAAUUUGUGGCCAUCCAGAGGGAGUGUGGAUGAAGUUACUUGGAAGGAAAGAGCUUGCUAAGAAAGAAAAGUAUAAUAAAAUGGUUGUA